AUGUCAUCCACCACCACAGGUUUUACGGAGGACCGGCAGCAGACAGCAGCGCGGCCGCUAGUGGGCACGGAGUACAUCCCCACAGAAGAAGAGAAGAGAGUGUUUGGAGAGUGCAACACGGAGAGCUUUUGGUACAGAUCGGUGCCUUUCUCUGUGGCCGGCAUGGCGGUCACUCAAGCCCUCGUUUCCAGAGGGACUUUGUCUGCAUCUCCAAGGUUUGGAUCUCUACCCAAAGUGAUCUUUGCCGGCUUCUGUGGCUAUCUAGUUGGGAAAAUGUCAUACAUGAAGACGUGCCAGGAGAAGUUCAAGAGGUUGGAGAACUCCCCCCUGGGAGAUGCCCUCAGACAGAGGACAGGAAUGCCUCCACAAAUUUCCAAGGGUGCUCAGUCAGAGAUGAGUGACCCAGACACCCAGUCGUUUGACACCAUGUUCCAGUCAGCAGAAGCCCCCCAUCAGAGAACCUACAGUUCAGAGUCACCCGUGCAAAUGGGCAAAUCAAAUGACUUUGGCGCUCCAGAUACCACAGUUGAGUCAUAUGUGGACGAUGAGGAGCCCAGAAGAAAGGCCAUCCUCUAUGAGGACCUGAGGCUCAAGAACAGAGAGAAUUACGAGGUCACGUUAACUCAGAAGGCUGAGACAAUGCUCAAAGCAUCACCUGAGAAGGAGCCAAAUAGAUCCAAGAAAGAGACGAAGAACGCCUAUGGAGACACCUGGGACGAAUGAGUCCUGAUUUAAAAAUUAAGAUGUAAUCUAUGCUUGGCUUCACUGACACUGCAGUACAGUGGACAGCUCAGUAGCCAUAUUGCUCCACUGUAACUCAGCCCAUGUAUGAGUUUGUCAUGAAUAUGUCUUUGCGUGAGUCAAUUAAACCAAAUUUCCUGAGGAUU